AUGAUAUCUUUCAUGUGCAUCGCCUUCCUAGUUGCCCUGCGUAACUCAGAUCACAUUCAGAAAGCCAUUGAGAUAUGGAACGAAUGUUUGAUUCUGCUGAAUAACAACGAUAAAAACAGCAAAGACCAAUUGAAUUCCCUCCGCCAACUAUUUUACGAAGUCAUCUAUACAGGUCUUUUCAGCGUUCAUCGUCGUAUCUCUGAUCACAAAAGUGCGGAAAGAUACGGCAGGAAACUGCUCGUCUUAUACAGCGAGUCUGGUGACUUAGCAAUAGAAGGAGAUGUAAGCAUGGCUCUAGCAAAGAUUGCUGAGAGUCAAAAAAGGUUUACAGAUGCCAAAGAACUUUAUGAAAAAGCAAUUGAUAGAAAGAGACAAACCGGUGAAAACUUGGAGAACAAAGUGCCUGCGCAAGAUUCGGAGCUAUGUUUUAUAAACUUGGCGAAAACCUAAAAGCGAAGGAGUAUAUUGAGAGGGCCCUUACCAUAAGCACCGAAAAUGGCGACAGAAGAGGAGAAGCAUCCUGCUACCAAAGCUUAGCAGCGUUGCAUCAGUCGCUCGGGGAAUGCAACAAGGCUAAAGAAUAUCUCCAUAAAGCGCUUCUCAUCACAACUGAAAUUAGCGACAGAAAAGAAGAAGCAUCAUGUUAUGGCAAACUAGGUUACGUGUGCAAGUCUCUUGGACAAUACAACAAGGCUGAAGAGUAUCUCCAAAAAGCGCUUGUCAUCAGAACUGAAACUGGCGACAGAAGAGGAGAAAUAUCAUGUUAUAUAAACUUAGGUUGUGUGUUUAUGUCUGUCGGGCAAUACGACAAAGCUAAAGAGUAUGUCCAAAAAGCGCUCGUCAUCAACACUGAAAUUGGCGACAGAGGAGAAGAAGCAUCGUGUUAUGGAAACCUAGGCUAUGUGCUUAGGUCUCUCGGGCAAUACGACAAGGCUAAAGAGUAUCUCCAAAAAGCGCUUCUCAUCAGAAUUGAGAUUAAUGACAGAAGAGGUGAGGCAGCUGACAACAGAAACCUUGGUACUGUGUUUCUAUCGCUCGGGCAGUACGAGAAGGCUAUAGAGUAUCUCCAAACAGCGCUUGUCAUUAGCACUGAAAUUGGCGAUAGAGAAGGAGAGGCAGCUGAGUACGGAAGCCUAGGUAAUGUGUUUGAGUCGCUCAGGCAAUACGACAAGGCUAAAGAGUAUCUCCAAAAAGCGCUUGUCAUCAGCACUGAAAUUGGCGACAGAGGAGGAGAAGCAUCGUGUUAUACAGACCUAGGUGAUGUCUUUGAGUGUCUCGGGCAGUACGACAAGGCUGUGGAGUAUCUCCAGAAAGGGCUUGUCAUUACAACUAAAAUUGGCGACAAAAAAGGAGAGGCAUCUACCUACGGAAACCUAGGUACUGUGUUUAAGUCGAUCGGGCAGUACGGCAAGGCUGAAGAAUAUCUCCGAAAAGCGCUUGUCAUCAGCACUGAAAUUGGCAACAGAAGAGGAGAGGCAGCUGACUACGGAAACCUAGGUACUGUGUUUUGGUCGCUUGGGCAAUACGACAAGGCUAAAGAGUAUCUCCAAAAGGGCUUGUCAUCAGCACUGAAAUUGGCGACAGAAGAGGAGAAGCAUCGUGUUAUACAAACCUAG